GGCACACGUACGCCCAUGCGCCCCACUUCGAGGCUGCGGUCUGCGUGCUUCAAGUACCCUGCCCCUGCGCCGCCCGCGUCAGUGAGUGGUGCACAGCAACACAGUGUCACUCUUGCUCUGCUGCUACUUGUGCCGACGCUCUGUUCGACGAUGGCGCGGGGGACCGUGCUGCUUCUGCUCACGGCCGCCUUCGCCGCGGCUCUCCUGCCGGACGCCGCCGAGUCCCGCAUCCUCCUCACGCUCCACGACUUCGGCGCCGUCGGCGACGGCGUCGCGGACGACACCAAGGCCUUGGCCGACGCAUGGACGGCGGCGUGCACCGCCGGGGACAACGUCAUCCUCAACGUGCCCGCAGCCGGGACCUUCCAGAUCUGGCCGCUCACGCUCGCCGGCCCCUGCAGGAGCGAGAUCAAGCUGCUCAUUUCAGGGGACAUCGUUGCGCCGGAGAGCCCCAGCGACUGGGGGCAGGGGCAGCGCAGCCAGUGGCUCCACUUUCACAAGGUUCAGGACCUCAAAAUCACCGGCGGGGGCAUCAUCGACGGCAGAGGGCAGCAGUGGUGGGCGCAGUCGUCGCUUAUGGGCGCGCAGCCCGCUCCCAAGGCUGUUCACUUCGAGGACUGCCAGGGGAUUAGCGUGAAGGGCAUCACCUUGCAGAACAGCCAGUCGUACCACCUGACGUUCACCCGGAGCUCCAACGUCGAGGCGAAUUAUCUGAGGGUGACCUCGCCGGAGGACAGCAUCGACACCAAGGGCAUUCACCUCGUUGAUUCGUUCAAUGUCCACGUCAUGGAUAAUCUCAUCUCCACAGGCGACGAUUGUGUUUCCAUAGUGGGCAACUGCGAGGAUGUUCGUCUAAGAGCCAUCUCAUGUGGACCUGGCCAUGGUAUCAGUAUUGGAACCUUAGGAGUAAACAACUCCGUUGAUUAUGUGGAGAAGAUCAAAGUUGACACCUUGUUCAUAUCAAACACCAAGAACGGUGUGCGCGUACGGACCACCAGGAGUGGCGGUGGCGGCUUCGCCCGCAAGGUGAAGUUCGAGAGCAUCGUGAUGAGGAACGUCACCAACCCCAUCAUCGUCGAUCAGGGGAACUCCGACCAUCUGCCAGCUUCAUCUGAAGCAGUAGCACCGGCUGCAGCGACAGCAGUGCAGGUAGAGAAGAUCAACUACAUUGACAUCACGGGCACGUCGGCGUCGAAGCACGCGGUGACGUUCUCGUGCAGCGACGCCAAGCCGUGUAGGCACCUGUCGCUCGUCAACGUGAACCUGACCCAGGUGGACGGGACCAAGGCGUUGUCCUACUGCCGCAAGGCGUUUGGGAGGAGCAUCGGCACCGUCAUCCCGGAGUCCUGCCUCUCCAAGGAGGACUUCGUCCAGCAUGUCCCGCAACGUUCUCAAGAUGGAGAAGAAGAUUCAGAUUCACUGAUGACGGAGGUUACUGUUCACCAUCAGGUGUUGUCGGUUGAGCUGUGUCGCAAGGCGGUUACUGAAUUGUUCGUUAUCGGCUGGGUGGUGAACAAAUCAGUCAGAGCCUUGACCCGGGUGCUGACUCCUGACAUGGUUGCUUUGGAUUUUGGAACUAUAGAUGCCGCCCUCUACACUCCUCGAAAUAACAAUCGAGGGCGGUCAAGAGAAACGAGAGCGGCAGACACCAUGGAGAGCUCGAGGAUCAUCGUCGCCUCCCUCCUCCUCCUCCUCCUGGCCUUCGCAGCCACCGCCGAGGCCCGCGUCGUCCGCGAGCUGAUCGGCGAGAACGCAUGCCAGCAGACAUGCAACCAGGUGCACUUCAAGAAGAUGUGCCAGAGCUUGACGAAGCUCCCGAAGGUGACGACGCCGCGGGAGCUCCUGCUGGCGUCGAUGCGCGUCGCGGCGGAGAAGGCGAAGGAGGCCAAGAGCCGUGUGGACGAGUACGCGGCGAGGUCCCACGAGGGCCGGCCGAUGGAGUCUAUCCUCAGUUCCUGCAGCUCCGGGUACGACAACGUGGUGCAGACGCUGGAGGAGACGGAGAAGAUCGUCGCCACGCAGGGAACCCAGGUGGACUUGAACACCAAGCUGUCGGACGCCGUCACGAGCGCCGGCGACUGCGACAACGCCUUCCAGGACUUCCCGGAGAUGAAGGACCCCUUCUUGGCCAUGCAGCGGAACGUCUGGCGCCUCGUGGACAACGUCCUCAACAUCGCCGUCGUCGUCAAGCAGUCGGGGGACGCGCACGCCCACUAGCCGCGUGCGCGCUGUAAAAGCAGGGGUGGUGUUGUAUCGAUCUCCCGCACUUGAAUAUAUAUGAACAAGGCUUGGGAAAAUUCUGUAUUACUAGUAGUGUAACACGGAAUUACAGGUUGAGCUUCUAUCAUGUACUUUUUUGUUCUUGGUUCAAAAAAAAAAACAAAGUCCC